AUUUUCACUUGAUAUUUGUAUAAAAUUCUUUUCAAGAAAAAGGAAAAUCAGGGUUACCAUCCUGACAAAGAUAAAUAUGGUUUGUAAAACAUUACUAAUUUUUUUGGCCUACAGUUUACAUAUACGUAUAUAAAAUAUUAGUAUCUUAAAGACAAAAAAAUAAUCAAAUAUAAAGUAUAAAAGAUUUAAUUUAAUUAUAUUUUAUUCAAUACACUUAGAAAAUUGUAUGUGUUUUUAUAUUUAUAAGAAAAUAAUCUAUUUAGUAGUUAUUAUGAUUAAGAUUAUAGUUCAAAUUACUUGUAUCUUAUGGACCAAUAAAAUCAAUUCGGUUAUUAGUAUAUUCCCGCGUAAGCGUAGUAUUCUGUAACUGAAUUCGAAAGAUUUGUGUAUAAAUUACUUGUUUGUCGAAAUGAAAUAUUACUUAUGUAGUAUUUUUAUAAAAAAAAACAGUAUGGUGUAGUGUUUCUAAUUAGCGAUUCAUUUCCUUGAAUUUUACAUAAAAUGUCGUACGAAAACAAUGGUUUAAGUAUUCCCGUUAGAAGUACUGCGAAAGUUUUGAGUUUCUUUAAUAGAUCAAAAGAAAUAAUUACUGAGAACGAAGUUAAAAAUGAUUCUGUGAUUUCCGAAUGUGAUGCUGAAUUAAAUACCAAUAGCAAUAAACAUUUAUACGUUGAAAGUAAUGAUAAACUACGUAUUUCAAAAGUUUUGAGUUCCUUUAAUAAAUCAAAACAGAUAAUUACCAAAAAUGAAGUUAAAAAUGAAUCGAUGAUUCCUGAAUGUGAUACUGAAUUAAAUACCAAUAAGAACAAACGUCCAUAUGCAGAAAGUAAUAAUAAACUUAUAUAUAAUGUCGUAUUUGGAAAAGUAACUACUAAAAAACAUAAAACAUGGGAUAAUGAUGGUUUUUUAGAAGUUAAUGGAAAAAAUGCGAUUUUAAAGGAUCAGGAUGGUAGUAUCGUUGGCAGAACAACGGUCAAUCCACAAAGUUUAGAUGAAGGUUUUAGAUUAUUUAUGGGUGGUAAAGAAGUAGAGAUAAUUAGCAGAAUAUCACAUGAUAUAAACUUAACGGAUAAUACUUGCAAAAAUAUAGAAGAGAAAGAACCACCAAGGAAGAAGUUUAAAACUUCCAUUACUGGUUCAAGUUUAUUAGGAGUUUCGCUUAAAAAGAAUUCUGAGCUAACUUCUGAAGCAUUAAUAAUGCCAAUUUUGUCUAUUAAAUUAGAUGAUACAAAUGAUAAUAUUAAUUUAGAAAACGAACAACAAGUGUCUGUAGAUGCCUGUUUGACAAAUGUACUUAGACCACAUCAACGAGAUGGAGUGAUUUUUCUUUAUGAAUGUAUUAUGGGAAUCAAAGUUGAGAAUAAUUAUGGUGCUAUUUUGGCAGAUGAAAUGGGCCUUGGUAAAACAUUGCAAUGUAUAACAUUGAUAUGGACGCUCUUAAAAAAAGGACCAUUUGGUAAACCGAUAUUAAAACGUGUAAUUAUUGUGACUCCCAGCAGUCUGUGUAGCAAUUGGAAAAAAGAAUUUAUUCAUUGGUUGGGCUCUCAUAGGAUUUUUCCUUUUAUUGCUGAUAGUAAAAAUAAGCCAUUAAAUUUUAAAAGACAACCAAGAUCGCAAGUAUUAAUUAUUAGUUAUGAAAUGUUUGUUAGAAGCUACGAAGAAAUCAAAGAUAUUAAAUUUGAUUUAAUAAUAUGCGAUGAAGGACAUAGAUUGAAAAAUAGUAACAUACAAGCAGCCAAGCUAUUACAAGAAAUGGAUUGUAAAAAAAGAAUUCUUUUAUCAGGCACACCUAUACAGAAUGAUUUGCAAGAAUUUUAUACUCUUGUCAAUUUUGUAAAUCCUGUAAUUUUAGGUAGCAGUACAGAAUACAAGCAUUAUUACGAAGAUCCUAUCAUUGCUUCUCAAUGUCCAUAUGCAUCUGAAGAUGCUCAAUCUUUAGGAAAGGAACGAGCCCAAGAAUUGCGUGAUGCAACUAGUCCUUUUAUUUUAAGACGUACCCAAGAAAUAAUUAGUAAAUAUUUACCACAAAAGAAUGAAAUGGUUAUAUUUUGUCAUUUAUCAAAAAGACAAAAAAGCUUAUAUUCUCUUGUAAUAGAUACUUGGUUUGACAAUACGAUAUUACCAGAGAAAAAAGUAUCACAUUUAACGAUUAUAACAGCACUUAAAAAGAUUUGCAAUCAUCCAGAUUUAUUUACCAAUGAUAAAGAUAAUUUUUUAAAUAAUAAUCCAAUGUUUUUGCAAUUAAUAAAAAAUGAUAAUUCUUCAAAUGUUAAUGAAACAGAAUAUUGUGGUAAAAUAACACUCGUUCGAUGUUUAAUGAGAAAUAUAAAAAAAACCAAUGAAAAAAUUGUACUAGUUUCUUACUACACACAAACACUUGAUUUUUUGGAAACUAUUUGCAAUGCCGAAGGCUUGAAAUUUUGUAGACUCGACGGUAGUACACAAAAUGUGUCCAGAAUGAAAAUUAUAGAACAAUUCAAUUCUAAAACUGAUGAUAGUAAAAUAUUCUUAUUAAGUGCUAAAGCAGGAGGUGUAGGAUUAAAUUUACCAGGAGCAUCUAGGCUAAUAUUAUUUGAUUCUGAUUGGAAUCCCGCAUCAGAUGCUCAAGCUAUGGCGAGAAUAUGGAGGCAGGGUCAAAAAAAAAAUGUUUAUAUCUAUAGAUUAUUAAUGUCAGGCACGAUUGAAGAAAAAAUAUAUCAACGUCAAAUUAGUAAAACAAAUUUAAGUGAAAUUGUUGUAGAUGCAAAUAAUCUUUCUUCUUUGAAAUUAUCAGCUAACGAAUUAAAGGAUUUAUUUACCUUAACAUUAAAUACAGAUUCUUUAACACACGAUUUGAUGAAUUGCACAUGCGUCGGUCAAACAAAUCUCAACGAAUUAUCAGAUGAAUCUGAAGAUACAAAACUGAACACGAAAGAGAAUAUAAAAGAUAUUACCAAAAAAGAACAAUCUCAACAGAAUUUAACUAUUAAUCAACUUCUUGAUUGGCAGCAUUAUAGACAACCGUUUUCAGACGUUAUGAUGCAGGAGCUCAUGUUAAAACAAGUAUCUAAACAUAUUUCAUUUAUAUUUAAAAACUCUAUAACCGAAAAAUAUGAUUCGACAACUUGAGAAACAAAUUGUUUUGUAAUAAAAUAUAAAAAGAGUAUUAUAAUAGUAUCACAAUUAUUUAAAAGUUUGAAAGUUAAUGAAAAUAGGAGUUAUAAUUUAUUUUUACUUGACAUAAAAUUUAAUAUUCUAUUAACAGUUUCACCCGAUUCAACUAUUUCUAUAAGUUCUUCCACUUCUGCUUUAUUUAUUUCCAAUAAAGUUUGUUUAUUGCAUUUUUGCACUAAACGUUUGAUACCUAUUAUAGACUGAAAUUUGAUUUCAA